CGUGCGGACUGAGCCAUGAAGACUGAACAAAGCCGCGUGGCGGCACCGGCAGAUCUCCGCGAGGUCAAAGAUCUGCUCCGAAAGCGCGCGUGUCAAAAGGAGGAUGCCCCGGAGAAGCAGGACGAACUCAAAUAUGUGGAUUUGGACUUAGAGGACGUGGAUAAGGGCGGAAUAAUUAGGGAGAAAGACUUUGGAUCUAAUGAAAGAAACCAAAUGUCUGUCGGCGGCUCUGAAGCUCCGCGCGCAACAGAGCCAAACCACAAGUCAUCGGUUAAAACUGAGGUUGAAACGAAGAAGAAAGACAAUUCUGUAGUUGGUAGAUGUUCUAAAGAUCUCAAGGAGUACCCCUCUCAUUCACAAUCUUUACGAGAUCAUCCCUCUGUUACAGCAAAGUCAGAGGAUUGCCUCAAAUCUGAAGACAAAAGCGAGCGCGACAUUGCGCAACAAGAGGAGAAGAAGAAGAAGACAGAGAGAGGAGAGGAGUUACGCUGCCUCCAUGAUGACGAUUAUCUGAGCGGGGGGAGUGAGUCGGAUGAUUUUGAGGAGGAGGAUGAUGUUAGUUUGGUGCUUUCGGACGACUGCGUCCCGUGCGUAACGGAUGACGAGUCCCACUAUAUUACCACGCACGAGAUCCAGCUCGCGGAGCUCUCUGACCAUGAGGGGGAUUACGAUAUCGGAGUGGGCUCCUCCGCCAGCUGGGACAUCGAGGAUGACAACCAGCAGGUGUACUCUUUUGUCGAUUACGCCUCAUUCGAUGGUGAUGGAGCGGCGGAGGGGCGCGCUCAGGACGCAGCAGCAGUCAGCACUCUGCUUGAAAGUGAUCCGAGCGACGCGGCCAAGUUCACCAGCUCAGAUGAGAGUGUGUCAAAGCAGCAGGGCAGUGGCAACGGUGCCGGGCAGAUCCACCUGUCAAUCAGAACCACUUCUCGAGCUAUAAAUGACUCCAGCAACGUCCAAGAACAGAAAAAUAUUCUUUAUCAUGCCAGGCGCGCUGGAGACAUGAGCCGGUAUGUGUUAAGGGGAGUUGAUGGGAAGGCAGAGACGUUGUGUGACAGGGCGAAGUGUUUCAUAGCCGCGCCCGGACGCUUACACUUUGGCCGCAAAUUGAGGAGGGGAAAAGAGGUCACCGAGUACUCCAGCGGUGCGUCCAGUGCUGUCAGCGAGCUGGACGACGCUGACAAGGAGGUGCGCAAUCUGACAGCCAAAUCCUUCAAGAGCCUGGCGUACCCUUACUUUGAUGCCAUUAAUUUCAGCACCUCCAGCGAGUCAUCCGCAUCAGAGCAUGGUUUGGGGAUUAACAGGUGGUCAACGUUUGUCGACCUGAAAUAUGGCAACAUGUCACAGGGAAUGGACCAAAGUGUAGUUUCACAUCAGAACGCCACGGCCUCUUUUGAAAUAGCCAAAAAUGUGGGCAGCAGAGGGUACAAAGGUUUGACACUGGCAAGCAUCAAACCGCCCACCAACAAGAUCUUCACUCUGAAUGGGACCCCCCACAGCGCGUCGAAAAUCGAGCUGAUGGGGAAACUCGGUCAGGGUCACAGUGGGGUGAUCAGACUCACAGAGACUCUGAAUUUUCGCUGUAAUGUCAAAUCGGGGAUGUCUGCAGGAGAAAGGCGCACUAACUUUGCGCAAAAUUCUGCAGGAUCACGUUCCACAGAUGAAGUUACCAACAGUUUGCCAAGCAGCCAGAGGAGAGGGGCCAGCAAGCCUGCCUCUAACGCCAUGGAAGACACACACAAGAAGGCCAUCUUCGCCUCCAGCUUGCUUAAAAAUGUGAUUUCUAAGAAGAUGCAGUUCGAGCAGGAGCGCAAGAUGGAAAGAGGGGAGAUAAGUGAGCCGCAUCAAGCGCCUUCCCCGAGCUUUGUGCACCAGGACAGCGACAGCCACAGGGGGAAGGGGAGCAGGGAGCUGCACAGACAGAGCUCCAGGUUUUCAGAGAGCAGCUCAGACUACACCAUAAUGUGCUUGGAUGAAUUAGGGGACAUCAUUGACAGCGGCUCAUGUGAUACUAAGAGCGAUUCUCGGAGACGAGACGCGGCCGCUCCCGCACUAGAAACUAAUUUAGAGCCGGCAAAUGAAGCUGGAAUCGAUGCUAAAAUAGGCGCAUUGGAAGCUUCCAAAAGCACGCUGCUUCGGAGCCAAAAUAGCGCAUUCAGAUGUUGGAAGGACGAGGAGGUAGAGUUUCAAAAGGAUCAUAAAAACCAUAAAACUCCGGAGGAGAAGCUGCCUUCAGCUAACGACAAAGAAGGCGAGGGGGAUCGGUACUCAUCGGGCAGCAGCAAACUGAUUAAAAUGUCACAUUUGUUUGUGCCAAGUAUCCAACUGCUGCACAGUGACGGAGAAGAGGGGCAGCAGCUGCAGAACCGGAGUUACUCUCCAUGUGAGGACGGAGGAGGAAUAAAACCGCACUCUGACAACACUUUAUUCAUCGCGGACUCGAGGAGUGUGGCUACAUCUAAAUCUCCGGAGAUAAAAAUUAACUUGAGGAGCGUCAGAGACAAUAAAACUGAGCCGUUCGGUGUCUCCAAACUGCGCGCUCCUAAUAUAGGCUGUAACCCAGCCAGCCUCGGCAGAGCAGACGACUCCAAAUGCCAGGCCCUGGCUGCAGCUCUGAAGGGUGAGUGUUCAGACAAAGUGCCGCAUUUCAUGGUUAGAGACAUUAGAGAUAAUAAAGGAAAGUUGCAGACGCCCAUUCAUCAAGUGAGAGACGUGCGCAAACUGGUGAAAAGCUCCUAUCACUUUGUUUCUUUGGAUAACAACGAGAAUAGAUCCGCUGCUGACAGCCACGCAGAGCAGAAGAAGCUAAUGCCCUAUCGGAAUCUAAACUCUGUUUCCCCUAUAGUGAUAAAAUGUCAGUCUGUGAAUACAAACAGCAACGGGAAACAAGACAUUUCUAAAGGGGAGCUGCUUGACUUCGACAGGUCGUCUCCAGAGGGCGCUGUUCUGCAAAAAGCAGCAGGGAGAGUACCCAUAGAUAACCCAAAUAACUCCUCAGAGGGGGGCAGUGGAUUGAGAAUUGAAAGCAACAUGGCUUCAAAGAGGCAGGAAAAACCAUCAGAUAUCACAGAUAAGAAACCUGAAUCCAAGGUGGCGAACCAGGCGGCGUUCGACAAACUCCAGGCGGCAGUGAAAACCAUGGAGCAGCUCUACGUGUUCGAAAGGAAUGAGUGGAAGAGGAAGAACAAGCCCCGGCCGCUGACAGACAGCCAUGUUCUUUCACUGCUCACCAGCGAGGACCAUGAAGGACUGGAGGAGGAGGAGGUCAGAGGGUUCAACAUGGACAGGACAGCCAGAAGAGACUCCUACCCCAACGCCGACAAGACGCCCCCGGCUGUAGCGGCGUCCCCAAGCCUGCCCAGGAGAGACGACAAAGUCUUUCAGACUCCCAAGUCCAUGCAAACAACCGCCAACGCCACAGGUCACAAAAACAUGUUCAGCCUCAGCUCCGGUCUUAAGCCCUCUGCGAGCACAAGGACGACCCAUCCGCCGAAUGCCGCCACACAAACGCCCUUCAACACGAGGAGUUUCACCCCAAAGUCGCCAAAGCUGCCCGUGUCCUUAAAAAGCAGCCAAACAAAGCGGAGUGGACAGGAAGGAGUCGAAACAAGGGAGGUAGAGAGGUCCUUGCAAGAUCUCUGGGGCGCAGACAACGAGAACUACCUAACGAUUCCGGUAAAGUCUCCCGCCAACACCAAGAAACCAGCGCCAUCCGCUGAUAAAACGUCGGUGUACACGUUCACCACCAAGACCAACCCAGCCACCCCUACAGGACAGGUGGGAUCCACCACCAGGGGUCAUGAAGAGUACAACCAGUCCCCAAAGAGAGCCAGCAUCGUCAUGGAGCCGCGACCGCCUGAGAUCCCUCCUGCGACCAUCUACCACUCUUUGCCGUUGGGCAUGAAUGCAAAUCAGCCUCAGUUGUACUGCUUCUCCCCGGCAAUCACUCCCGCUCCCACUCUGGACCCGUUCCAGGCCACGCAGAGGAAGAUGCUCCUGGAUCCCACAACCGGAAACUACUACCUGGUGGACACUCCCGUGCAGCCGACCACAAAGCGCCUCUUUGACCCAGAAACAGGCCAGUACGUGGACGUGCCAAUGCCGCAGCCUCCUAUGACGCCGGUUCCCAUGCCUAUCUCACCGUUGGCCCUCAGUCCAGGAGCGUAUGGACACACCUACAUGAUCUACCCGGGCUUCAUGCCGACGCCGUCCGUGAUCCCGACGAGGACACUGGUGCAGUCGCAGAUGUCGAUGCAGUCGGAGGCCGAGAGCGUGGAGAAGGCUUCGUCGCAGCAGUUGGAAGGCUUGUACAUGGAGAGUCCCUUCUACAUGUCGACAGGAAAGUCUCCUCAGGUCGCCACCGGGUUUCAACCGCAGGCCGCCGCCACCAGCAGGCCAACACAGGGGUUCUCCACCAUCCAGCAGCCUGUCAUCAGCAUCACCUCCCAGCAGGGUCCGCGGAUCAUCGCCCCGCCCUCUUUUGACGGGACUACCAUGAGCUUUGUGGUGGAGCACAGAUAGACGGCAGCCUACCUGGACAGGGCUGAUCUCUGAGUGGACGCAGGACAUCUCUGCAUCUUUGAUCAUGUACGUUUGUUUCUGUUCUUGAGCUGGAAGAGAUGGAUCAGAGGGAGGCCUCUUUACAUCCUAUUUCAGCUUUUCAAACUUGUAUAAGAUGUGUAUAAAAUGUGUAUUUCCUGUUGUUUUUCAGAAGAAUUCUUUACUUUAACUUGUUGAGUUUUUUGUAUUUUGUUUCAUUUUCAUUUUUAUAUCGGCCUGAUAUCUUCACACAUGAACUUAUAAUCAUGAAUUCAGUUUUUUAAAGAUCUCCUGUGUUGGGGGAUUUGAAUCAUGACAGCAUUAGUUUGAUCUGCCUGCUCCAGUUAUAAGUUAUUUAAGCAUCUUUCUAAAUAUGAAACAUGUAAAAUGUGUUGAACAUGUGUAGACGCAGACAUCCUCGAGAACUCUCAUCACGCUCUCUUCCUGCACAUGAACAGGAUUUUUAUUAUGCUUUAAAACUUGUUGUUACUCCAAUCAAAUGUAUGAAUGAGAGGAAUUCGUAAUGAUUUGCUGUUACCGGGCAGGAGGGGCAAAGAGAGACCUCGAGGAUGACUUCUUUUUACGACCUUUGUGUUUUCUGUCGAACUCUUUAUUUUGACGUGUUUAAGUUUUGUACUUUAAAUAUUUAACGGACUCUGGAUCUGCUGGACAGUCCAUCCUUCUUCGAUAUUCAGUCGAUCGUUUCUCUUUUUCAGAAACUUGAUCCACCAACCCGACAUGAAACGUUUAUUUUUCAUAAACACUGCAGUGACAGGAAAUGACACUCGUGAACAUUUUUUAUGGAUUGUCUAAUUAAAAAAUGUUUUUGCUAAAAGGUUAAAGUUUGAAUUAUUACAGUGGCCUUGGUUUGUGGGCUCUGCAGCACUUUGAUAGUUUCUUUUUUUUGUUGUUGCUGUAGUUUUCUGAUGUGCAUGGGAGAGUCUGCAAUAAAUUACAAGAACUACGGUGGUCCUAAGCAGACGGAUAUCCAGACAUUUUAUUUUGUUCAGUUGUACCGUUGUUUUCUCAUCUUGUUUUACUUUGUUACUUCACUUAUACAGUUUUUUUUUCAAUGCAUGACAAAGAGCGAAUUUAUCGAGAUCUCAAGAAAAUGUCUGAGAUUUACUUAUUUUCCGAGGGACACCAGCGUUGUUAUCCCAAGAUAAAAAGAUAAAUAAGUGCCCGUCGUCUGGUGUUCUCCUUCAGAGUGUCUGCUUCUUUUUCCAAUUGUUCCCAAUGAGGAGAGGCCCAGCAUCCAGUGUCCUUUUUCUGAGCGCUCUACCUUUUCCACUCAAAGCGCUUUUAGCUGAAAGUCUUUCAACUUUUCAGAAGGGCGCUGUUGAAGUCACUGGCGCUCUUUGCAAAAAUAAAUGAUGAUCCCUGUAUUUUUGUCUCCUACUGAUCGCGAAGUGUCCAAACAUCCUCCUAUCUCCGUGUCUGAUCGGAGCUGUGAUGGCGAGGCCGUCAUUAUAAUCGAGCUCAUCAUCCAGACGAAGUAGGAGGGCGAGCAUCCUCCAUUUGAUGCUCGUAGAGAAGGGGUAAAAAUCUCAAAUAUAAAACAUGCAGUAAAAAAGCAACAGAGCAGUAACGGUCAAACAGCGGCCGUUUUCAUAGAGACAGGACGCACGUGCAGCGCUUUAUUGGCAGCACACACAUGCCACCUGGUAAAAAAUCACCAGGUGGACACGGGCCCUUCGUCUAGAUCUCGAGAAAACAACCGAAAUCGACUAAUCGUUGCAAAAAUGAAGCAAAAUAAAAUGUAUGGAAGCAUGUCCACUUUGGGCUUCCAUAAGAACUGCUUAAUUUUUACAAGAUGAAAUUGUACAAAAGUGUAAAUACUUUCUUCCGCAGGUCUCAGGGUUAGACCUUGUGUUGUUUAACGUCACCGUGUUGUCCCGGGACGUCUGCACCCGGACCGAGAGCGGACAUUGUGAAGGUCACAGGAAGUAGAUGGAAGAGAAAACAGGGAGGAUGUUUUAUGACUUUUAUUUUGAAGGGACUUUUAUGUGGAGUGAAACGGGGAAUGUACAGAUGGAGAAAUGUUGGUUUGGAGAAACGAAAAGAUGAAAUAUGGAAGACAAAGUUUUAAUGUUUAACUUUGACGUUUUGUGCAAAUGUACAGUCGAGGCUUACGUUGAGUUCAGGAACACUGCAAGGCGUGUUUCAUGAAGUGUCCAUGAUUAAUGUGUUUGUGAACAUGUAAUAAACCUAAAACCCUU